UGCCGGUCGCCGCGGCGGAGAAGCUGCUCCGAUGCUCCAGAGCGGCCAUGGGCGACCCGCACUGGUGGGACCACCUGCGGGCUGGCAGCUCGGAGGUGGAUUGGUGUGAGGACAACUACACCAUCGUGCCUGCCAUCGCUGAGUUCUACAACACGAUCAGCAACGUCUUGUUUUUCGUUUUACCACCCAUCUGCAUGUGCCUGUUCCGCCAGUAUGCGAAGUGCUUCAACAGCGGCAUCUACUUAAUAUGGACUCUCCUCGUUGUAGUGGGAAUUGGAUCUGUCUACUUCCAUGCAACUCUCAGUUUCCUGGGUCAGAUGCUUGAUGAACUUGCCAUCCUUUGGGUUCUGAUGUGUGCUUUGGCCAUGUGGUUUCCCAAGAGGUAUUUACCAAAGAUCUUUCGGAAUGACAGGGGCAGGUUCAAGGUGGCCGUGUGUGUCCUGUCUGUAGUUGCAACAUGCCUGGCAUUUGUCAAGCCUGCCGUCAACAAUAUCUCUCUGAUGACUCUAGGGAUCCCAUGCACUGCCCUGCUCAUUACGGAACUGAAGAGGUGUGACAAUGUCCGUGUGUUUAAGCUGGGCCUCUUCUCAGGCCUCUGGUGGGCCCUUGCCCUCUUCUGCUGGAUCAGUGACCGAGUCUUCUGUGAGCUGCUAUCCUCUGUGCACUUUCCGUACCUGCACUGCGUGUGGCACAUCUUCAUCUGUCUCGCCGCGUACCUGGGCUGCGUGUGCUUCGCCUACUUCGACGCUGCCUCAGAGAUACCCGAGCAAGGGCCAGUCAUCAGAUUCUGGCCCAGUGAGAAAUGGGCCUUUAUCGGUAUCCCCUAUGUGUCCCUCCUGUGUGCCCGCAAGAAGUCGCCAGUCAAGAUCACAUGAUGGCAAGGCAGCGGCUGGCUUCUCGACUUAUUUCUCUUCGUGCACUGGGCUUCAUUUGCUGGCAAAAUUAGCCACAGGGGUUGAAGAAUCGGUGUGGGUAUAUCUGUUUAAAAUUCUGUUCCUCUGGACCACUGUGCCUGGGGGAGGAGGUCCAUCUUUUCCCUAGAUGGGGGAUGCAGGGCUCAGGGAGAGUAGGUGUGUCUUAUUCAGCAUCCUUUCUGGACAUGGGGGCUUGCUGGCCUGUCCAUUUUGGCAGUGGCAGAGCAGUUCUUUGGGAGACCCAGGGCAACUUCUUGCUGGACACGGUGGCUUGCUUGUGAGUACCCAGGAGUCAGCUUCUCUGGUAUACAAGACUUUCGGGUUUUGUGAUGGAAGGUGCCGAAGCUUUUCACUGGCAGGGAAGAAAUUGUCCUUUAACAAAACCAAGUGGAGAGGACACCCAGGGAGCCUGUAACUGAGGGGGCAGGCUUGUCACUUGCGCCUCUCAGCCUUCCCAGGUUUUCCAUGAGCUGUGGAUCCUUCAACCAUUACCUCGGCUGAGAGAGGGAGACUUGGUGCCAGAGGGCAAAGCAGUAACCCUCUGUGCCAAAACCUGCCCUCCGCUGUAAGCACACAUUAAAUAUUGACACUGUUUCUGCUCUUCCUGAAGCUCAGUAGCCUUCCCUGGUGUAAAGACUCCACACACAGCCCCUCUGCUUACCCCUUGACAUCUGAGCACACCAACGGCUCAUUUCUGUCACCGAGGCAGCUUUGGUUUUGACUGUGGAGCGUGUGUGAAGCUUUGGGGGAAAAGUUCUCACUGGAAGCUUCCAGGAUGUUGUCACCUCCAAGACUCUUACCCUGUUCCUCUGCUGCUUCCUGGGUAUGUGGGCCUCCUGCCUUUGUUCUCACGUUACCUGGUGCUAAUUGGUUUCUUAGAGCACUUGUCCGUUGUCUUUCUGUCUGUCACUACACUGUGAUUAGCUGGUUGGGGGUCACAGGUGGGCAGGGGUCUUCAGGGCAUGAGGUGGGAUAUCUCAGGGAUGUUUGUAACUCAGGCACCUUCUCUUUUCUGACAUUCCAUUGUGGGGAGUCGGACAGUGCUGGGAAAGCGGGGAUCGGAGUCACGAGGCCACUGUUCUGAGCCAUGAGCUCAGAAGCAGCUAGUAGGGUCUGGUACCUCAGGAACUUGUACUCUGGUUAGAAUUUUCACAGGGUCUGUAAUGGAAACUGAACUUAAGUUUUUACAUGAAUAGACUCCGUUUCACUUUUGUGGCUUUGAAGUUUUAUAAGUCACUUGCUAGGUUAUUUCUUGUUUAUAGGAACACAUCUUUUUGGAAGUAAGUUGUCUUUUAUUAAAUUUAUAGCAUUCCCUGCAUCUCCCAGGCAGCAAACACACAAGUUAUUUGAUUGGGGGAUUUCCAAGGCAGAAAUAUUUGGUUUUGAGUGUGUGUUUAUGUGAUCUUACUGUAUAGCUUAAAAUAUAUUUAAAAUGAUUUUUGAGUUGAAUGUUUGUGGCUACGUAGGGGUUCAGAAUUGCUGCUGAGCACUUUGGUUUUUGAGUCUAGAAAUUUUCAGAGGGCAAAAUCAAACCAUCCUUGUUUCUGGCUUAUCUUCCCAGGCAUGUGGUCUGCUUUUAUCUAUUCUACCCUGCGUAAUCGUCUUGAAGACACACCCCACUGCCCGACUCUGGAAGGGUUGGCUGGGGCUGGAGAGUUAGCUCAGCAGUUAAGAAUAGAGUGGGCAAUGGUGGAACACACUUUUCAUCCCAGCACUUGAGAGGCAGAGGCAGGCGGAUCUCAGUGAG